UGUUGCCCAUCUCAUCCACUUCUCCUCACAAUGACCACUUGUCAAGUCCUCACUUGCUACUACUACUACUACUACAACACCUAUCUAUCCUUUAAUCCCUAGUUCACAUCCACAUGCAUUAGGAGCAACAUCCACCACCAACACCACCAGCAGCACGUUUUCUCCUCUCUGAUGCUGCUGCUGCUGCUGCUGUGCGCGCACACAUCAGUAAAUGAAUCACGUAGCACUAGAACAGCCCUUCUUCAUGCGAUCUUAGCCCAGACCUAUUGGAGAAAGAGAAAAAAAAACAAAAACCCUCAAGGCACAAAAAAGAUCUGUCACAGUUCACUCAUUUUUUGCUGGAAGACGAUCAGAAACUAUGUUAAAUGCACCCAGAAAUACACCGGAGUGUGGCAUAAUAAAGGCGUCGAGUGGAUUCCGGUCAGAUCUCAUUGCGAGGAAGCAGGGAGCAGCAGGUUUCAACAGUUGACGCGGAGAGAAGAGGAAGAACUGAGAGCGCACAGGAGAAGAGGAGAAAAAAAAAAAAAAAAGCGAUUAAUUUUGAUUAUCUGAAAUCUUCCAGCACCUCCAGUUUUUUUUUUUUUUCCUUCCUUCACACAGUGCGGAUGAGCAUUGUCCGAAUGAAGCAUGCAAGAGCACUGGGUCCAAUUGGACUGGAUUAUUACGGGAUUACUGGACUCAUUAUAGGACAAUCAUCGGGCAAAAAGUCGCAGCCGUUGCCAUCCAUCCAUAGAUGCUCUUGAAUGAAUGACUGGGGGGAACACAAAAGGUUGGAUCCGGAUUAAAACAGCUCCAUAUUCCCAGCUUUUUCUUCUACUUUUGUGUGUGUAGGCUCAUGGUUUCAGGCUGUGUGUAUAUACAUGCAACGCGAGCAGAGCAGAAACCCCCAUAUAUGCAACAGUGUGCCGCACACAGGAGGAGAAAAGUAAAUGCAUUGUGAAUUGGUUAACAAUCGGACAAUGCUGCAUUUUGAACGCGGGCAUGUCAGUGUUAGUGCUGUGUUGUAGGAGCCUAGGUGGAGAUGUCGCAUGAGGGCAAUGCGCUUUUGUAAAGCUUAUACCGGUCUAUAACCUUCAACCAUAAGAGAUUCAAACGCUUUAACCUUGGAUGCAGUAGGGAAUAUUAAUACUUUAUAUUCAUCGAUUAUUCAUUAAGCACCCCCCCUUCCUUCUCUGUGAAGGGAAAAAACAAAGCAUUUUCUCCAACACUAUGUUGAAUUUGAUCUUUUAUUCAUGCAUUAGGUGUCGUCGAGCGGUCAUCUUUGUUUACAGAAAGAGUUCAUCAUAGGAGAAUGGCAUGUGAAAGAGGUUAGAAUCCAGAUUCAAUAAGGAUUCACACAUUUGAUUCAACAUCCUAAUUAGUGUUGGGGAUCGGAGUCAGCCUGGUUAUAGAUAGGGGGUGGUUUUAGUCCUCUAGGUUUUUGCUGUAAUCAACAGGUUGAAAGUCAAUUUUUUUUUUUUUUCCUGUCUGCCACUACUGCAUAUCCAGUUGAAGGGAUGCGUCUCUCUGUACCCAUUUUCUUCCUGCUGUGGGUUAAAGCCCUGACAUUGAAAAAUCUCAAUUAUUCCGUCCCGGAGGAGCAAGGACCCGGCACUGUUAUAGGGAAUAUAGCAAAAGAUGCCGGGUAUGGGACCAUGGAGAGGGGGAAGAAAUCCAACUUCAGAGUGCUGGAGAAUUCUGCUCCACAUCUGGUGGACGUUGACCCAGAGAGUGGACUAAUCUUCACCAAACAAAGGAUUGACAGGGAGACGUUGUGCAGGCGCAACCCAAAGUGCCAGCUCUCCAUGGAGGUGUUUGCCAAUGACAAGGAGAUAUGCAUGAUCAAGAUUGACAUACAGGACAUAAAUGACAACUCGCCCAGUUUCCCCUCGGAUCAUGUUAAUAUUGAUAUUUCAGAGAACGCGGCCGCUGGGACACGCUUCCCCCUGACUAUUGCACAUGACUCCGAUUCUGGGGAGAAUGGGAUAAAGACCUACCAGGUCACCAGAGAUGAUUACAAUACGUUUUCUUUGGAUUUAAAAGUGAGGGGCGAUGGGACUAUAUAUCCAGAGCUUGUGGUUCAGAGACCUCUGGAUAGGGAGGAUCAGAGUCAUCACACCCUCCUCCUCACUGCAAUAGACGGCGGGGAGUAUCCGAGAUCAGGCUCCAUGCAAAUCAACGUCAGAGUGACUGAUUCGAAUGACAAUAGCCCAGUUUUUGAAAAAUCCUCUUAUGUGAUUGAGAUUCCGGAGAAUUCGCCUCCUGGAAAAGUGCUCAUAGAUUUGAACGCCACUGACCAAGAUGAGGGGAGCAACGGGCAGGUGGUUUAUUCCUUCACUGGAUAUGCAUCUGAAAGAAUCCAAGAUUUGUUCUCCAUUGACCCCAAUACUGGCGUCAUCAAGGUCCAGGGAGAAAUUGACUAUGAAGAGAAUCCAAUCAUAGAGUUUGAUGUGCAGGCGAAGGAUCUGGGGCCCAACCCGAUACCAGGCCACUGUAAAAUUACCGUCAAAGUGCUUGACAAAAACGACAACUCGCCAAUCAUAAGUUUUGUCUCUGUGCGGCAGGGAGCCAUCAGUGAGGCCGCACCUCCAGAAUCAGUCAUAGCGCUGGUGAGAGUGACAGAUAAAGACUCUGGCCGCAACGGUCAACUCCAGUGCAGGGUGCUUGGCAACGUGCCCUUCAGACUGCAGGAAAACAAUGAUAACUUUUACACGCUUCUCACAGACAGACCCCUGGACAGGGAAAUGAAAGACGAGUACAAUGUGACAAUAGUGGCGAGAGACAAUGGCAUCCCCUCGUUGAACUACACUAAAUCAUUCACUGUGAAAAUACUGGAUGAGAACGACAACGCACCACGCUUUACAAAGACAGUGUACGUGCUACAGGUGCCUGAGAACAACAUCCCGGGGGAGUAUCUGGGCUCCGUUCUGGCCCACGACCCAGAUGUGGGUCGAAACGGAACAGUGUCGUACUCCAUUCUGCCGUCGCACAUAGGAGAUGUAUCAGUGUACACCUACGUGUCUGUUAAUCCCACCAAUGGAGCCAUAUAUGCCUCGCGCUCUUUCAAUUACGAGCAGACGAAAUCCUUUGAGUUCAAAGUUCAAGCUAAAGACGGCGGGUCCCCUCACAUGGAGAGCACCUCCAUAGUCAGGGUCAACAUCCUCGACGUCAACGACAAUCUCCCAGUUAUCAUUUUACCCCUUCUGCAGAAUGAUACGGCUGAAAUCCCAGUGCCUAGAAACGUAGGCAUUGGAUACAUCGUGGCUACGGUGAAAGCGGUGGACCACGACCACGGAGAGAGUGGCCAUUUGACCUACGAGAUCACAGAGGGGAAUGACGACCACCUGUUUGAGAUGGACCCGGUGGGAGGGGAGGUCAGAACCGCUCAUGCUCUCUGGGAAGAGGUCGCCCCAGUGGUUGAGCUGGUGGUGAAGGUAACUGACCAUGGCAAGCCCCCCUUAUCUGCCGUGGCUAAGCUGAUCAUUAAGGCGAACACGGAGACGGCAGCGGGAGGGGGUUCCGGCGCGAGCGGGGAACAGCAGCACUGGGAUGUAUCCCUGCCCCUCAUAGUUACCCUCUGCAUUAUCUCUGUCAUGCUCUUAGCAGUCAUGACCGCCAUCGCUGUCAAGUCCAAACAUCAAGAUAAGGAGACUGGGAAUUAUAACUGCCGCAUGGCUGAGUACUCCAAUCCUCCAGUGGGGAAAGGCAAAAAGAAAAGGAUCAACAAGAGUGACAUCAUGCUGGUGCAGAGUGAGAUGGAGGAGAGAGAUUCCGCGAGCCGGAUGAACGUGGUGAGCAGUCCCUCUCUCAUCACUUCGCCAAUAUGUUUUGACUACCAGAGCCCUCUGCCGCUCACGCUGCCCAGGUCAGAGGUCAUGUACCUGAAAACCACCCCAAACAGCCUGACAGUCCCCAGGGCGGGUUGCCACUCCAGCUUUGCCGGGCUUAGCACAGACACUCCAGCGAAUAGGAUGUCAGUGAUACAGACGGAAAAUUUCCCCUCAGAGCCCAAUUAUGCUGGCAGCAGGCAGCCAUUUGUUCAAAGCUCAACAUUUAAGGAUGCAGAACGAGCGAGCCUCCGAGACAGUGGCCAUGGUGAUAGUGACCAGGCUGACAGUGACCAGGAUACUAAUAAAGGCUCACACUGCGACACGUCUGCUCGGGAGGCCCUCAAGAUGAAAGCAACAGCAGUUAAUGGGCAGCCUUUUGAGCAGGAGCAAGACAAAUCAGCCCACUGCACCGACGAAUGUCGUGCACUGGGACAUUCUGACAGAUGCUGGAUGCCAAAGUUACGGGUAGGAAGCCAAGCAGACAGCGCCGAUAAUCGCACCAACCUUUUCAUCCCUGUGGGAAUGGAUGCCAUGGUAGAGACAGAGAUUUAUGGCACCAUCAGCUGCAGCAGCAGCAGCAGAAAAACCCUCAGCACGUUUGGAAAGGAGCAGCGGGACAGUACAAUCCUCGUGGCCAAUGUCAAACCUUACUUAAAAUCGCAGCGUGCACUAAGCCCACCGCUGCAGGAGAGUCCAUCUGCGUCCAGUAGUCCCACCAAGAGUAGUAGUAUGCCCCUGGACUUGGCCAGCCAAGAGUCCAAAGAAGAGAGGGAGGGGGGUUCAGACAGCAGUGCCUAUGGCCCUCCAGAUGGCCAGUGCUCCCCGCUGCACACCGAAUUGGAAGAGCCCUCCUACCUGACCCGCGAGCUCAGGCCCAAGUCCCUGUCAAGCAGCCUCAUUCACAGCUCUGUCAUCAGCCAGGAGUGCGGGGGGUCAGAUUGUGCUCUCGACCCGCGGGACUCUGGCAACUGACGGGCCGGGCAGUCCCGCUCACUCUCACCUGCCAUGGGGUGUGAUGAUGAUAUCACAGAUUAAUGACCAAGAGGUGAUUUAUUUUGACCCACAGAGGUGUCCAGACACGCAUUGUAUAACCAAAAACCAUCUGCUUUGUCUGUUUUGUUUUUAUUUUUGAGUUUGUGACUUGUUGUGUUUAGGUGAAAUAUGUGUCCUUGACUGCUGUGAAGGUUUGGGGGGAAAAUCAGUGCUUACCUGACUUCAAGUGUUUUCAUGGUGUACCGUACCUGUCAAUUUAGAUGUCUGUAUUUUACACAUUUCAAGCUCCAAUUUUGUGAGGCUGUGAAACAAAUUGCUACUGUUAAGCUAUUGAGUCCUGUCUGCUUUUGUACAGUGAAGCUUCCUGUCUCCAUUUAGUGUAUAAGGAACAUCUCUUUGAAUAUCACAGGCAACUGAAAUACAUAUCAGUGACGUUAAAUACAACAAGUGAAGUGUCUUAUGAACUGUUAAUGGUGGUGCAACAGGGAAUGUCCCUUUUCAUAAAACCAUUUGAGGUUCCUAUAUAUAAAAACAGUUUUUUAAGAAUGUAUUUGUAAUUUUAUCGUCGUCCUCUGCAGUUUAUGUGAAAAUAAGCUGAGCUUACACGUGAAUGUGGGCUACUGUACUUGUUGUGUAUUUUAUUAAAUUUGUAUACACUGUGUGCAUGGAAGGCAAUUAUUUUUGACUGGUGACAACUCCCGAAGCUGUCAUGUUUUUAUGUGAGGGAAGAAGUGCAUUUACUGUAUGUCUACAAGGUGCUUAAUACGUGUUUCAUGAGAAAAAAGCACUCUGCAAACGUGCCAUCUUUAGCUAUAUACUGUAUACCAGCACAUGUUAUCUAGCAGUAGUCUAGAUCCUAGUUAGGGGAACUUGAAAAAAAAAAAAAAACAACACAAUCAACAUUUUACACGGCUAUUUAUAUUCAAAAACGCAAAUAAAAUCAGGCACUGUGUAUUAGUGCACCCAAUGGAAUAUGA